AUGUACUCCACGGCGACACCAUUGAGUUUCCGCGCGGCCGUGCAGUCCGAGAGGGUCGCAUUCGCGGAGACGUUCUGGGGCAGGGCGUACCAUGGCCGCCAGGGGCGGCCGCCCUUCGGGCCCGAAUCGAGCACGCCUCUCGCGCGGUGCACCAUGUUGACCGAUCAUCUUCUGCGCCAACCAGACGCGGGCGGUCGACGCGGCGCAGCCCACACGGAGCUCCGCGCGCGCGGCGCUGCCGAAGACGAGGAGGAGCACGACGACGACGACUCCGAGGACGAGAGCCUCUUCCCGCUGGAGAUCCGGCUCUACCCCGACACGGACGACGAGGGCGAGCCGCAUGUCCGGGCCGCGCGGGACGUCUGGCCGACCUCGCCGCCGGCACGUGGCUGUGGCCGCGCCCCCGCCGUGUCUGCGCCGCCGCCGGGUGCGCUCGGCGCGCGCCACCGCGGGGCCCCUGCGGCGACGGCGCCGCGGCGCCCGCCAGGGAUCCGCGCAGCACCGGUGCGCGCGGAGCGCCGCGCUCCCAUGGCGGCCGAGGCGGGCGGGGCGGCAGCGGAGCGCCGCGCUGGCUGGCCGCGGGCCGACGUGCGCGGCGCGCUCGUCUUCGCCCCAGGCGCCGGGACGCGGCUCUGA